AAUCAAUAGUUCCAUACUAUUAUAUUGGAAUGAAUUCUUACCAUUUUUGGAAAAUUUUCUUAGAUGAGGAUGAAGAACAAGAUCUUAAUUGGCCUGGAAAUUAUGUUUCCUUAGCUGCGACUUCGGAUCAUAGGAAGGAAAAUCUGGGAGUUGUAUCGCGGCUUGAGUCACUGAAAGGUUUCCAUCAGGUAAACAAGAAACGGUGUUGACCAAUACUGAAGCUUGUCUGCUAUCUUUGGCUGAUUCCAAUUCAUUCCAUGGACUUGGUGACUUUAUGAAUGCAUGUCUGGUGUUUACUUUUUGUGAUUUGUGUCACUGUUCAAAUUAUUGCAGAUAUGGAGGCCACAGAGAUGGAAAAAUAAUGUCAUAAUGUCUAUACUUAACACCCUCCAAAGCAAGGAGUGGUCCAGAUCUUAAAUGUGUGGAUGAUUGUACAGAAUGAAAGGCUUUAGUUGUUGAAUUGUGCUGUGCAUACAUGCAUAUUAAAGAUGCUGAGCUUCAUAUAACAAAUUCUAUUCUAUUUUAUUCUAUUCUAUUCUAUUCUUUCAGAAGAAUUUAGGUUUCUCUUCUGAAGAUGAGGUGGAAGUACCAGAUUUUGACAAGGGAAACCUUGAUGGCAAGAAUAAUAUUGGAAUUGACUUCAGCUCAAAAGCUGAUGAUGCCACUUGUGAUCCAGAUGCAUGGAGUCCUGGUGGUAAGAGAGAGGGGAAGAUGCUUUUCAAAUCCAUCACAGCUGGGGAUAAAGUGUCUGAGAUGCUUGAUCAACAUACUCAAGAAAAUGAAAAGCAAUUUGAGCCCUGCACAUCUUCUGCAUCUGAUAGAGAGGCUAGAAGACUGAUCAACAGAAUGAAAAUGCCAGAAGGUCUGUGUGCAGUCCUUUCUAUUCCAAACACAAGAAUCCUGCCUGUCAAAGAAAUGCAAGCCCUUGUUGAACUGCAAGUGAAAAGAUUUGAUAUGAAGGCAACUGCUGCAGGUGGCAGGUGUAUAACUAAGAGGAGGCCCUCAUCUCAAUUACAGCCACAUAAACAAGGAUAUUUUUGGUCUGUUCUGAAAGACAAGGAUCCCAACUCAUCCAGUGAUGACAAGUUACUCUAUGAAGCUGAAGCCAGUGAUUAUCAGCCAAUAGACAGAACUAGUCCGGUACUUGUUAGAGGUUGUGAUGGCGAGACAUCAAAAUCAAGUCUUACAUUGCCAAUGGCAACAGCUAUACAACAUGAUCACCAUAGAUGUUCUAUGGCUGACCUUCUGGACAGCCUCCAGGGAAAGAUCAGGAAUCCACACUUGAAGUCAAAACUGGGUGGUAAAAGAAAAGGGCAGGGAAAGCGUGAUACUGUCACAGGUAUUUCUUCGUCAGGCGAGGAUAUAGGAAGUGAUAAAGAGUCUUGUGAGUUUAUAGAUGCUGGAUUCUUAACAGACAAGGAGGAAAAUUCUCAAAUUUUGGAACUUGCAAUAGUGGAACCUGGAAGGAAGACAAUGGCAGACAAAUUCCAAGAAGCCUUUGCUUCUGCGUCGAUGGAUGAUAGGAGACCUUCCUUUACAGUAGUAAAACAAUCCAAGUGCAGUGCUGGGCUCUUUGGAAGGUUGCAGCAUAUAAUGCAACGGCAAAAGGAAGAAGAUGCAGAAGUUUUGAAGAAGGUGCAGAGUGAAGUUUGUUUGAAAGAUGAAGCCAGGUGCAUUGAUGUAAAGAUAUUAUCAAGAUCCUUUGAUGCAAAGCUCAGUGUCUGUCAUUGCUCUCUACUGAAAAAUGAGAGUUCUCUUCAGAAUCCCCAACAGGAAAAUAUUGGAAAGAUAUGGACAGUCAUCUUUAACUCAAGGGUUUGUGGUGAUGUUGAUCUGGAAGUAGGGAACCUAAUUCGUAUCUAUCCACCGUGGAAAGAGGUACAGGUCUUGCGAGGUGGAGAGAUCAUGAUUCUGACCACAUACUUUUCUCAAAUUUGUACGUGAAAAUUUGAUACCAAACGCCCUCUCAUAUACUUUGUGUACGAGGUUGGGAUGGAGUAGUGGCAUCGCUUCCUAUCUCAUAUCCCUAAGAUUUAGGGAUCAAAUUUCAUGGAACUCAUUUGAGAAUUUUCCCUUAUCUCACUCAAGUGAAUUUCUUUCAUCUAUAGAGUUGAAGCCAUGAUUCCUUGGUGCUACAUGUAAACAAUCAUCUAGGCUAAUUAGAUCUCUUUCUCCCCAUACACCUUUGUCUUGUAAUUUGUAAGUUGGACCCAGACAUGCAACCAGCAGAUGUAAUAAAUUUUUGAGAAAGGGUGAUGAAUAUCAUAUAAUAGAGCACAAAGAUAUGUUUUCAUCGUA